AUGCUCGGCAAUGACUCCCAAAAGCGCAAGACGCUCCUGUUCGUCUUCAUUCACGGCUUCAAGGGCGAUGAUGAUACAUUCGCUAGGUUCCCUGGAGAUAUUCGCUCGCUUCUUGGCUCACAUCUCUCUGCUUUGAAUAUCGAGGUGGCCAUCUACCCGAAGUAUGAGACGAAAGGCGACCUGAAGGAAUCUGUUGCAAGGUUAAGAGAAUGGUUGCAGAACACUGUGAUUGACUUGGAGGUCGCAAACGAGACACCAUCCCCGACGGUGGACCCUUCUGUUCACGUUUUCCUUGUCGGACAUUCCAUGGGUGGCAUUCUUGCUGCCGAAACGUUACUUCUAUUGGCCAAUGAGCAACCCAUUCGUUCGAAACCUGACGAGACGGCUCAAUCAAGGGAAGAGCCUAUCAUCGAGCCUGACACCUUUAUGUUUCCCCAUAUACAAGGCGUGCUCGCCUUCGAUACUCCGUUUCUAGGUAUCGCACCAGGGGUUGUAUCAUAUGGAGCUGAGGGGCAUUAUCACAACGCAACCACGGCAUACAACACCUUCAACGAGGUUGCCGGCAUCUUCGGCUAUGGUAAAAAGGGUGAAUCUACUGGCUCAUCCGCUUCUCCUGCUGCCACCGCCCCUGCAGUCGAUGCGGCAAAGCCCCUUCCUCCUUCGACGGAUGCUGCUGCAACCCCGUCCUGGCAACGAUGGGGUCGAUAUGCCAUGUAUGCUGGUGCUGCUGGCGCCGUUGCAGCUGGCGGUGCCGCUGCUCUGUACUCUCAGAGACAGAAUCUAUCCGCAGGCGUGAACUGGGUUUCGUCGCAUCUCGAGUUCGUCGGCUGUCUGGGGCGGUCAUCUGAUCUGCGGCAGCGUCUUGCUAGCUUGUCUAACGUGGAGAAUGAUCGCAAUAUUCGAUGCGUGAAUUUUUUUACCUGUCUCGGAGACGGAGCCUCAUCCCUUGUGCAGAAGAAAGAGGUGACGAAGACGUCCUUCAGUCAGAAGAUCAUUCGAUCUAACCACAGAACUUUCUGUACACUGCCUCCUGAAGUUGAAAACGGCGAGCAGAAUGAACUUGCCCGCCAACCGGGACUGUACUGGCACAAAGCCACCAACAACAGGGCAACGGACGAGGUCAAGGCACAUGUUAGCAUGUUUUUGCCCAAAGAGAACCCCGCUUAUAUGACGCUAGUUGGAGAGGCUGGCAGGCUCAUCAUCGGAAUGAUCGAUCGGGGCUGGCGAUGCUCCGGAGCGGAACCGGAUCGAGAAGGGACCGGUCAGAAUUCGGCGGGCGAUGAAUCCACAGAUAGCGACAUCGUGCUCAUCGAGUGA